GGGCCGCAUACCAGAGAAAUUAUAAACACGAAACUUUUUAUAUGCAAUCGGUUUCAGAAACUAGUUUCACGUUGAUCUGUAUAUUGAAGAAACUUAAACAAUGAAACUAUAGAAUAAACGAAAUAUGAUUAGUUUUCAAAAUGUCGUCUGACGAGGACGACGUGAUUUUGCUUUGGUGGUGGGCACGUCAAAAAAAAAUUUCAAAAAAACGUCGUUAUUGGGUACAUCCGAUAAAUGUAUCUAAUAUAUGCUCUAGUACUAGUGUUGUUGCAAAUGAAUUACAUAGUGAUCCAGAUAAAUUUAAAACAUUUUACCGCAUGAGUAAAAGUAAUUUUGAUAAUUUAGUACAUAUAGUUGGACCAAAAAUCUUCAAAAAAGAUACAAACUUCAGGAUUGCAGUACCAGUAGAAGAAAGAAUUUUAAUUACAUUACGAUUUUUAGCCACUGGGUGUAAUUUUAGAGCAUUGGCUCAACAUUUUAUGAGAGGAGAGACUACUGUUGGUAAAAUAAUUGCAGAAACGACAGAAGCUAUUUGGGAGUGUCUACAACCUACCUAUUUACCAGUACCAAGUUUAGAACUAUGGAAAAAUAUUGCUGCACGUUAUAAUCUAUUAUGGCAACUACCCCAUUGUUUGGGCUCAAUCGACGGCAAACACAUACGCAUAAAAAAAUUCAAUAACACAGGAUCAAGAAAUUUUAAUUAUAAAGGCUUUUUUUCAAUACAACUACUUGCUUGUGCAGACGCAGACGGCUGUUUUAUCACUGUGGAUAUUGGAGAUUUGGGUAGAAAUAGCGAUGGAGGUGUGUUUAGAUUAUCUCGUUUGGGUAGAUGGUUAGAAAUUGGAGGAAUGAACGUUCCACAAUCAGAACCUUUACCACACGACAACGAAGGUCCCAAUUUUCCAUAUUAUUUUUGUGGGGAUGAAGCUUUUCCUUUAAAAUCUUAUUUGCUACGACCAUAUCCACAGAAGACUUUAAACGAUCAAAAACGAAUUUUCAAUUACAGAUUAAGUAGAGGUAGAAAAUCAGUCGAAUGCGCCUUUGGAAUGAUGGUUUCCAAGUUCAGAGUUUUUGAAACACCAAUCGCGUGUUCUGAGUCAACUGUAAUAUCUAUUGUAAAAUGUGCUUGUGCUCUUCACAAUUACAUACGUAAAACUGAGGGAAAGUUAUAUGAAUCACAAAAUAUAAACAGUCAAGAUGAAAUUAAUAUUCCCCAUCAUUUAACACAACACCAACAAGCAGUUCAUAAUUUAUCGACAGCAAGUUCUGUGCGAGAAUAUUUAUCAAGUUAUUUUUUAAGACCAGAAGUUUCAUUACCGUGGCAGUGGAAAUACGCAGUUGAAUAAAAUAUUUAGCAUCUAUAUAAUUUUAAACAUAUUUUUAGUUAUAUUCAGUAGCUAAUUGUUAUGUUUAUUAUUAACAUAACUUUGUAAGUAAUAUAAAUAAUAACAAGUUACCCAAUCUGAUGUUCCCAAACUUGUUCAAAAAUUUUUAAAAAAUCGUUUUUUACAUACUAUAAUAUUUACAAUAUAUCAAUAAUAAUAAUUAUAAUAUUUACAAUACAAAAUAGUUAUUUAUAUUAACAUUAACCUGUAU